UGCACGUGUGAGGAGAGGCAACAAUCCCUCCCGAGUCCUGACGUGAGGUGUGCAUGCAGGCCGUGCUCAACGAAAAACGAUUGACUCACUGGAUUAAACGCCACCUAUAAAAAUCCCACACUACAUUUAGCAAACUUUUCUACACUAGCGUUCCUCCUCUGGUUGAAUUAUAAUGUAGUAAUAUAGCGGAUAAUUGCAGAGUACAACAGGAUCCAGCAUCACAUUCUCAUUCAUAUGUGGCAUAGGUUUGGCUGACUAUACCCCACGGCCGUGUAGUUGGUGCAGGCAUGACUGACGUCGUGGAGCAAUGGCAGGCUCUAACAGGGCCGACCAGGAUGGUUACAACUGUGUUUUCGUCGUGGCUAUUCUUCUUCGCAUCUUCCCUGCUUGUAUCCAAGACGAGCAUGUUCGAAUGCCCAGCGAAAGGCCAGGAGUGGGUCUGGAAGAAUCGUUGGAUUUCGUGGCAACAUGCGGCCAUGAUCUCCGUUCUGACACUGUACAGUUUCUUCUCGUGUGUGAGUGAGUUCUGGCAUGACACUCUUGUAAUGGUUGACUAUCACAGCUUCAUGAUGCAACUCACACUUGCAGUAUCAAUUGGUUACUUUCUCCACGACCUAACAGAUAAUCUGGUGUAUACGUUCAACGGGAGUCUUGAAGGCAUUGCGGUACUUGCGCAUCACCUUGUGGCUAUCAUCAUGUUUGGCAUAUUCACCUGGAUGGAUCACUACUGCUGUUUCAUUAUGCUGGCAAUUGCCACAGAAGUCAACAGUGUAUUCCUGCACCAGCGCAAGCUUCUGCAGCUGGCUGGUUACGAGAUCACAGACCAGGUUUACAUUGUCAACAAUGUCGUCAACGUCGUCACGUUCUUGGUGUUCCGCGUCGGUGGCCAGCUGUAUAUGAAGUACCUGAUUGUGUUAGUUGUUCCCUUCACCAAUCCGAUGUUCUGGGGGCCAGGCCUAGCGGCGAUGGUGUCUCUGCAGAUUGUCAACGUUGCUCUGGCUAACUCGUUGUUCGUCAGCGAUGUCAAACGCUGGCGCAAGCUGCAGCAGCUCAGGCGUGCGUCGGACAGUGGUGAGGACGAAGCGACAUCAGCGUCGUCAUCCACACCACUGUCCCGGAAUGGACACGAUCUUGGUACUGCAGCAGCAGCAAGUGGCACAUCCACACCGACAUCAACCAAAAAGAAAAAUUAAGCUCUCAAAAUCUCCCGCUACCCUCCUGCGAACCACCAUAAAAUAUGUUCUUGACCAACUCCUGUGUUUCCAGAAAGUUCCUAGAUCCUGCAUUGCAGUGAUACUGUGUAUUCCAUAUAUUUUCUAAUAGUAGUAGGUUUUAUUUUCCUAGGUUUUCAAUUUAUUACGGAAUUCGUUGGAGAUACGUUUGUCAGGUUUGCGUUGUAUAUACUGCACUCUUGCAUUCCCGACUGAUCUCAUUGCUCUGCCGGGAGUGCCUCCACACUCGUUUCAUUGGGUCGCGUGGAGUUCCUUCACACUCGUGCCUUGAUGACGGCUGAAUCUUACUUUCACCCACGCUUUCUUGAAACUGUACUUGAGUUCAGCAGUUACCUACAGGUGUCCUACAGAAUGGAUUGCUCUCAGCUACAGCACUAGAGAGAAGACGUGUGUUACAUACAGUGCGUGCCUAUUGCUGGAAAUUUAGGUUGUAAGUUUGUGUCGAUACUUUUAGUGACAACCUGUGAGCAAUUUUCACUGUGAAAAUACAUCAAUCCAUGACAUGGCCCAGCCUAGACAUCGAUCAACACCAAUCAACUAAUUUGUUUAUUAUAUGAAAUUUUUGACAGAUGGAUGUACCCGCUGUGCGAGUUCUGAUCUGGAAUUGAGAACUACGAAUCCGUCCACCGUUG